GGAUGUGGAGUGCCGCUGGAAGCCGGCAAGGUAGAUUUGCUUUCUCGGCUCUUCCCCUUUGCGGACCUCCCGUCUGGGUGCAGUGAUGUGGUUCUUGGACAAGAUCAGAGCGUCGCAGGGAAGCGGGAACCUCCCACGUGCCUCCUUCCUGGGCCUGCCACCCAGCCAACACCUGCUAGAAAAAGCCCGCCUGGGGGCUGCUGCUUUUCCCAACGUGCUCACCCCAGACAGGAUCCCGGAAUUCUGCAUCCCCCCCCGGCUGAGCACUGCUGCUCCUGCUCAGGGCCCCGGCUCCCGCCAGCGCCACGGUUCAGGGGAUGCACAUCUCAGUUCCUCUGACCACAGCACCAGCUCUUCUUUGCCCCACUUCAUCCAGGUGGAAAGUGCUGAAGAGAUCCCAGCGCUGGAGGAAGAAGGCACCAACUCAGACCCGCAGUCCCAAGCAGCGCUCUCCCUGCCUCACUUUCCCAGAGCUCCCACUUCCUAUGGCUUCUGCACUUUGCUGGAGAGUCCCCACACCAGGAGAAAGGAAUCCAUCUUCCACGGUGACACAUGCGGGGCUCUGCCCAGCCUGACGCUGCCUCGAUCCAGAGCUAACACAUUCGGUGGCAAAGGGAGCACGUCCAAUCCCAUUGCUAUCAGCUUCACUUCGGUAAGGCUGCCUCCCAGGCACCUGCACAGGCAGGGCGCUUGCGACAGCGACACUGCCUCCUCCAGCGACUCCUCUCCUUUCAGCUCCCCGCUUCUCAGCAGAUCGCCUCCCAGAUCCUGCUCCUUGAUGAAGGCACGAAGUCAGGAAGGAUUGCUCUGCCGAGCACUGAAAGCCAAGAACAAAUCUGGCAUGGCCAGGAAUAAUUCUCUGUCUACAGAGGAGAGUAGCUCCAGUGAUAACAGCCCCAGUGCCACCAGACGGGCCUCGGAGGGGCUGCUUGCCGCACAGAGCUGCAGUGUGUCUUGUUCUCCCCUUUUUCCCCUGGACUUUGCCCAUGGCCGGCAGAGAAUGGUGGGAGAGAGCACGGUGGCCAUGGACAAGGGGGGCGUGCUGAGGCUGUCAGCUGAAUACUGCUCAGAAAAUGAAAGGCUGCGGAUCCGUCUGAUCAGCGCAGAGGGUUUAUAUGAUGACUCUGUAGAGCCCAAGAACAUAAACUGCUGCAUUACCCUCUCCCUGGUGCCAGGGAAAACACAGAAACAGAGAAGCACUGUUAUAAAGAGAAGCAGGAAUCCCAUCUUCAAUGAGGACUUCUUUUUUGAUGGCAUUGCAGAAGAAGAGCUCCUCAUCCGCUCUCUGAGGAUGAAAGCAACAAAUAAAGGGUGCAGCAUGAAACGGGAUUACACCUUAGGUGAACAGGAAUUGUCUUUAAUGAGUAUGUUGUCCUUGUAAUACUUCAAACAGACUGAUUUUGUAUUCUGAAAGUUUUCUACUAAAUAAAGUUUUGGUUCCUUUUUCUUAUAGAAUACUUGAAA